CAAGAUUUUGGUCUUCUUCGGUCUGAGUCAAUAUUUCGCUACGACGCCCUGCUUGUGCUUUCAACGAAUGGAAUGAGAAUCUCCUGGUUCUUAUGGAAGUCAAUGAUGGUCGUUUCAUCAGCUGGCAAUGAGCGGCUGAGUUCCUAUUUCUCCAAACGACCCAACCAAAUUGCAAUUUCUGAUUUCUUUUUCUGGGUAGAGGAUUAUUUUUUAGCAGCGUUCUGUGGCAAGAAGGAGAAAAAUGAAUUGAUGGUGUCGGGGUCAACUAGCUUCAGUUUAAGAAUACUCUGUUCAGAGACUCUAAAUCUUCUAUCUCUGUCAUCAAUCUCCUUACACUUCCUUGUGGAGUACUUUGACGGUUUUCGAAUCCCACGAUUGAAAGAAAAUGGCUGAUCCGUUGACUGCGGGCAUUGCGGCUGCGACUGAAGGGGUAGCAGUGGCAUCCACUAUCGAGAAGCAUGCGCGCCAGGCGCAGCAACUGGUCGGCCUAGAUAGCGGACCGCCGAAGAGGCUUGGCACUGGAGGCGAGGUGGAAAAGGAGCUUAGCUGUAAGGACUUCAUCACCUAUGUGAACUGGGAAAAAACCGUCAAAACCGAGAAAAAAGUUGUAAGGCAUUGAUCUUGAUGCUACUCUUGCUGCGUAACACAGUCACAGUAGAUGUACAGUCGAAUCACACACCACUUUGUACGCGUAGAGAACACGCAUCUUAGUUACUGCUACGCUGGUAGACGAGCAUCACUUGCGCGUAUUGCACCGUGGUUUUCGUAUUGGUCAACCAGCUCUGUAGCAUUGUUCACGACACUUGAACAAAAGAGAAAAAACAAGAAACAAAACGAAAAUGUACCAAAGCAUGAUCAUGAUUGAUCAUCAUCAUUAAUAAGAUUUACAACUUCGUAACCGAAACCGUCUUCAUCUUUGACAUCUAAGAAAAAUAGUGUUUCCGAACGCCUCCGCUCAUAAGGCAUCGGAAUUCAUGUCGGCAGUGACUUUAGGAGACAUACGCGACGCUUUCCUGUCAAGAGAAGGAGUCGAGACGCCGGCCAGUUCCAAUAAUCAUCGAAUUUUAUGGCUAUGACUAUGUAGGUGGAUUGCGGAUGAUGCAAAUUUUAAUGAUCUUCUUCCUUGAUCUCGUGUAGUUAGUAGUUGCUAAGCACUAGGGGUAGGGCAAACCGCAGACAGGACGCACAUCCGUGCUCAAGAUGUACUAAAAGCUGACUCAAGACGAAGACAUCUAAUUCAGACUCUGACUCAUUUAAUAGAGCAGUUUAUAAGGUUUCACGGCUCGCAUGGCAUGGAGUGCAUGGAUCACAUGGAGUAGCAUGGAGCUAAAGGGGGAGCUUCUUGCGCCCCUUAAAGCUCUGCGCUCCAUGCACUCCAUGCUACUCCAUGCACUCCAUGCACCAUGCGUGCUAUAAACUACUCUGAUUUAAGAAUCUUUCCGCUCUCUAAUCGCUGCCGAUGUAGAUGGAUAUGAUCUGGCAGCAACCCUCCCGGCAGCGUAUUUUUCCCAGCAGUGUCGGCUGUCUCUCCGAUUCACAGAAAAACGACUAGAAGCGUACAAGGAUACAGUGCAGAGCACUGUAAAGGACUUCCUUGUUACGACCUGAAAUUAGAAACUCAAACUUCUUGUUGGUCAGCAAACAAAAAGAGCAGCAAAUGAUGUUGCGGUCAGACUGACUCUUUUGGCAGCAUUCUUUUGUAUCCAGACAAGGCCCUUGCAAUCUUGUCAUUCGGGACGAUGAAAAACUAUCUCUAAUCGUAGCUCGACGUGGCCAGGCAGGCGAAGCGCGCCACUGGGAGCCACUUGAGGAGCCGAUGGCGCCGAAUAUUCUAGUAAAAUUGAUGAUGACUGAUACCGUAUCACGGGAAUAUACCUCCUCUGAAUUUGUGAUGGAUGACGUUGUGAAUUGAGAUGUAGGUCGAAGAUAGAAAAUAGUGAAGUUCAUGUUCAUGCUCUGGUUUACAUGUACUACUAUUAAUACUUUUUUUUGAAGAGCUUCCACCUACCUUGUUUUUUCCGAUUCUUGCCUUGCUCUGAAGCAGCUGGUGCCAGGUAAUUCAUUCAUCUCGACGAACGCAAACUUUCAUAUACAUAUGCUAUCAUCAAAGCUAGAAGUUGAAAACUAGCAAACCUCAUUCCGCUCUCGAGGUGCUGUUUCCACUCACGGAAAGAAAGAUAUCAGAGCGAAUGAUAUGAUGAUGCUGCGGUGCAAUCUUUCCACGCGUGAAACAGAUCAAGGUCAUCAUGAUGAUGCGAAGCGUAGUUUAAAGAUUCAUUGAUUGCAGUCAAAGUGUAAGUGAGUGGAGUUG